AUGGCUGCGCUGCGGAGACUCCUGUGGCCGCCGCCUCGGCUGGCAUCUCCGCUUGCCCCUCACCAGCCCUUUCUGGGGCCGUCGGGACGGCCUGCGGGGACCGUCCCGGGCGUCCCUGGCCGGCCCUUCUCCUGCCGUGAGGAUGAGGAGGGCGCCGUGGCUGAGGCGGCUUGGAGACGGCGGCGGCGCUGGGGGGAGCUGAGCAUCGCGGCGGCGGCCGGCGGGGGUCUCGUCGGCCUCGUGUGCUACCAGCUGUACGGGGACCCCAGGACCGACUCCGCGCGGGGGCCGACGCCGGGCCGCCCCGGCGAGAGCGCGGCCACGCAGCCCGAGGACCCUCCCCGCGCCCGGGGGCUGCUGCCCAUCCCCGUGGCCGCUGCCAAGGAGACGGUUGCUCUUGGCAGAACAGACACUGAAGACUUGGACCUCUAUGCUACAUCUCGGGAGAGGCGAUUUCGUUUAUUUGCCUCUAUAGAGUGUGAAGGACAGUUAUUCAUGACUCCCUAUGAUUUUAUUUUGGCUGUUACAACAGAUGAACCCAAAUGUGCUAAAACAUGGAAGUCACUUUCCAAACAGGAAUUAAAUCAAAUGCUCUCAGAAACACCACCAGUUUGGAAAGGGUCAUCAAAAUUGUUUCGAAAUCUUAAAGAAAGAGGUGUGAUUUCUUACACAGAAUAUCUGUUUCUUUUAUGCAUUUUAACAAAGCCACAUGCUGGUUUUAGAAUAGCUUUCAACAUGUUUGACACGGAUGGCAAUGAGAUGGUAGAUAAAAAGGAGUUUUUGGUGCUUCAAGAGAUAUUUAGGAAAAAAAAUGAAAAGAGAGAAACUAAAGGAGAUGAAGAAAAGCGUGCAAUGCUGCGUCUUCAACUUUAUGGAUACCAUUCUCCUACUAAUAGUGUACUUAAAACAGAUGCUGAGGAACUCGUCUCGAGAAGCUACUGGGAUACACUGAGACGGAACACAAGCCAAGCGCUCUUUUCCGACCUCGCAGAGCGUGCUGAUGACAUCACAAGUUUAGUAGCAGACACUACGCUUCUUGUACAUUUUUUUGGGAAGAAAGGGAAAGCUGAGCUCAAUUUUGAAGAUUUUUAUAGAUUCAUGGAUAACCUCCAAACAGAAGUUCUAGAGAUAGAAUUCCUUUCUUACUCAAAUGGAAUGAAUACAAUCAGUGAAGAAGAUUUUGCUCAUAUUCUUUUACGAUAUACAAAUGUGGAAAACACAUCAAUAUUUUUGGAAAAUGUGCGUUACAGUAUACCUGAAGAAAAGGGCAUCACAUUUGAUGAAUUCAGGUCAUUUUUCCAGUUUUUGAACAAUCUAGAAGACUUCGCAAUAGCCCUGAAUAUGUAUAACUUUGCAAGUCGUUCUAUAGGCCAAGAUGAAUUUAAGCGUGCUGUCUAUGUAGCUACUGGUCUCAAACUUUCACCACACUUAGUGAACACUGUCUUCAAGAUCUUUGAUGUUGACAAAGAUGAUCAAUUAAGUUACAAAGAAUUUAUUGGAAUUAUGAAAGACAGACUCCAUAGAGGAUUCCGGGGUUAUAAAGCAGUCCAGAAGUAUCCUACUUUCAAAUCCUGCCUGAAAAAAGAACUUCAUAGCAGAUAAAUACUUCAAAAGCGAAGUGUAAAGGAUUACUGUCUACAAGACAAGAAGAAAAAAUUCCAAAAGUGGAAGCAGUGAUGAGAUCAGAACAUGUAGAAAAUGAAGAAAAAGGUGAAAUACCAUAAAAUUAAUAUUUUUAAAGUACUUAAUGAAUUAUGAAACAUGAAACAGAUAAAAUGUAUCUUCUUACUACGAAUGUUAUACACAUAUAAUCAAGUUGAGCUUUUGCAUUGAUUUACAGAAUUCUGUACUUUUUCAUUCCCUUUAGAAGCAUAUAGAUGCUUCUAAAACUAUGUAAGAAUG